AUGUCAUAUAUUAUACGCUUUGUUCACUCGACACUUUCCGACACUUCUUUCGCUCAAUGGCCACCUGGUUGGACCGAGUGGUGCAACUGGAGCAGGUGUUGGGCUCGACGGCAUCCGGAUCGCAGACCUUGCUGGAUCGCAGACGUUUGCAUCGAGCGAUCCUUCUUGGGAUCCGAGGCCCCCGGGCCGUUCCUGCAGCGACUGUCGAAGCUUGAACAGCUCGCGGGGUGUGGGGAGGAAGUGGCGUGUGAGACGGGUGGGCAAGCAGAUGGUCCAGCGGAUGCAGCUAUCGAGGCGGAUGGGCCAGCCCUACCAGUGGCCAAGCGUCCAUGGCUUGAGGAAUCCUGUGAGGAAUGCGAGUGCCGCGAGGCCAAUCAUGAGCCUAUGGUAGAGAAUCCAAAGACAUUCCAACAGCACCCACUGAGAAAGCAACAACGAAGUUCUUUAGCGUGGAUGUAUUCGCAAGAGGCAAAGGAGGAGAGCUCAGGAGGUGGCAUUCUAGCAGGCAAGACAGGUUCUGGCAAAACAGCCACCACCAUUGCCUUGCUGUCCGAGAAACUAUGCCAAGGGCUGGGUGAGAGGCCUCGUGGCUACAUCAGCAAUCCAGCAACUUUGGUUUUGUGCCCACCUUCUUCGGUAGAGCAAUGGCAGGAUGAAUUCGUCAAGUUUUUGGGCAACAGGGUCCAGCUUUGCAAACCCGCGCCUGCAGCGAAAGCAAAGGAGAGGCGGGAGGUGGUGCCUUGA